AUUCAUCUACAAUGUUCUCAACUCUCUCACCAAGCGCCAUUGACGAUAUUCUACGGCACGCUGUCCAUUUCGGACAGGGAACCACUGCAAUCGCACCAAGUCCUGUCACAUUCAUCAGUACCACCACACAACAAUCAUUAGGUGCCACUUAUCCGGGUGUCUUCAAUCCAACAACUCCAACAUUCAAUCAUUACCAACAUCAAGCUUUACCUGUAACAAUGCACACAUCAACAUCAUCUGCUCAUCAUACGACAACAGGACAUGGAAGAGGUCGACGUAAGAACUCGACGAUAAACCUGGUAUGCGUAGUCUGCGGGGAUCAAGCGUUUGGAAAACACUAUGGCGUAAAUGCAUGUAAUGGAUGCAAAGGAUUCUUUCGUAGAAGUGUUUGGCACAACCGGCAAUACUUGUGUAGAUUUGAGGGACGAUGUGCAAUUGCAAAAGAACAUCGAAACGUUUGUCGAGCCUGUCGCCUGAAACAAUGCUUUGUAGCCGGAAUGAAUCCACGAGCUGUCCAGUCGGAACGAGUCGAACGAGAACAAAAUGGAUCGCCAAAUCAAAUUGAAGAGGACGAUUAUAAAGACUUGUCGUCUCCGGAUACAUGUUCUGUUGAAAUUCAAACAGAUGUAGAUGAACAAAAACCAUCGUCAAACAACUCCGCGCCUUUGCCAAGUAUGGAGCUGGAAAUGGCAAAACUUUCUGAGCAGAUAGUUGAAAUGCAUAGAGCAGUUUGUUCUUAUGUAGAUCCAGUGACAAAACGGGAAAAUUUUGAUAUGAAAAUGGAGACUGAAACAACGAAAAUCGCAUUUAUGAAUGCAUUCUAUAAUCCUGAAAUGAUUGGUCCAAGAACUCCUUUGGAUAUUACUGGAAGACGGGUUGCAACUGUAAAAGAUGUAAUGGAUGAAUGGAAAAGGAAUUUUGUACUUUUCUCUGAUUGGUUAAGAGCUCUUCCUGAGUACAAUCAAAUGUCAAUUGAAGAUCAAAUUGUUCUUGCCAAAAAUCGAUACGGGACAUUUCACUGGUGGAUGUGUGCAAAUUGGACUGUACAAGCAGGAUGUGAGGGAGUAUGUUACUCGAAUGGAGCAUAUUUCCCAAAACAACCAGAAGCUCAAUGUAUUCCUGAUGUUAAAGGAUCAAGUGGACGAAUGUAUGACUCAUUGAGUAUUCCAAUUAAAGAAUUGAAUCUUGAUGAAACUGAAAUUGUUCUAAUGUUGGCAGUUAUCAUUUUCAGUGAUGAGAUUACAGAACUUGCUGAUUUGACACCAGCUGGAAAAGAACAUGUUCGAAUGGUUGGAAACCGAUUCGUUCGCAUGCUUCAUCAUCAUGUGAACUCAAAAGAAUAUGGAGAGGCGAUGGAAAAUGGAGAUGAUACACAAAAUAGUAGUGAAAGUCAAGCAGCAGUUCGAAUUGCCAAAAUGAUGAUUCUUCUCUCGGCGACUACGAAUCUCGUGUAUCUCACUUCUGACAACAUUCAAUUGAUGGAGGUCCUACACGUUGUGCCAAGUGAAUAUCUUUGCCAUGAAGUUCAGUUUAUUCAAAAUUCUUAUGAGACACCUUGAACUUUCGGAUUUCAAAAGUCGAAGACGGCGACGGGUUUUUAAUUCUCUUAAUAUAAUUAUUUUUGAAUAAUUAUUAUGACGCUUAUAAAGUUUUAU